AUGUGUGAUUUAGCCGCUCUUGCCGAUACAUGUAAGAAGUGGGCAAUUCUAUACACAAUCAAUGUUUUAACGUUUUUGCGCAAAAACGCAGAGCAGUACGCACAUACGAGAUCAAAGUUUGAUCAGAUUGAGGAUUGGAUUUGCUUAUACUUGCUUUAUGAAGUGGUUCAUGAAUUGAUCGUUGUUUUCUACGGAUACGGCCCUAUUAAGCCAUUAGUUACUGCAUACAAAUAUGUGGUGAGGAGUGUCACACGUUUUUUGCUUAAGCUUCCACUUGUUCACAGAAAGGUCCAGGCUCAAAUUGAUGAGACUCGGGUCACAAUUGAGACACAAUUCGUCAAUAAACCGGAAGGUGUUGACUUUAGCGAGAUACCUGCUAAAGGACUUAGUGCUCGUCAAUUGAAGUCGAAAUUGGAUAUUUUGGCAGGUGAGGAGGCUGCAACCUGGCAGGGUGGCCAAUAUUCAGGUGCCGUGUAUUAUGGAAAUGAGGCAAUUGCAAAAUUGCAGGCCGAUACCUAUUGUGAAUUCUCAUUUGCUAACCAAUUGCAUCCAGAUGCUUUCCCGAGCGUUCGUCAGAUGGAAGCUGAGGUUGUUUCUAUGGUCUUAAAGCUAUUUCAUGCCCCUGAUAGCGGAUGCGGAACAACAACUUCCGGUGGAACUGAAUCUUUACUUCUUGCAUGUCUUGCGGCACGUGAAAAAGCAGCUGCUGAGCGUGGUGUUAGUGAGCCCGAGAUUAUCGCUCCAGUCAGUAUUCAUGCUGCUGUUUUCAAAGCUGCCAAGUAUUUCAAAAUGAAGCUUCGCUUGGUGGAUCUUACGGAUGACUUUACUGUGGAUAUCGGCCAGGUUAAACGAUUGAUUAAUUGUAACACUUGUCUUCUCAUGGGUUCUGCUCCAAACUUCCCAUAUGGUACUGUUGACAAUAUUCAGGCACUCUCUGACAUCGCCAUUAGCCACAACCUUCCUUUGCAUGUUGAUUGCUGCUUGGGCUCCUUUGUCAUUGCCUAUUACUCCAAGGUGUUCAAAGAGGCCUUGGCACCUUUUGAUUUUGCUCUUCCUGGUGUCACAUCCAUCAGUUGCGAUACCCACAAGUAUGGCUUUACUCCAAAGGGCUCGUCUGUCAUCAUGUACAGGGACCCUUCAUACAGAAAAUAUCAAUACUUCAUCACAUCGGAGUGGGUUGGCGGUCUUUAUGGGUCCCCAACUUUGGCUGGAUCCAGACCUGGUGCUAUUACUGCUGGUACUUGGGCUACAAUGUUGUCAAUUGGUGAUGAUGGAUACAAAAAGAGUUGCGCGGAGAUCAUCGAGGCUAGCAGAAAGCUGCGGGAUGCCAUCAAAAACGAUAUUCCAGAGCUUGAUGUUGUUGGUGAUCCGAAACUCUCUGUGGUUGCCUUCAAGUCUGACCAGAUCAACGUUCAUACCUUAAACGACAUUUUAUCAAAGCGUGGAUGGCAUUUAAGUGCUCUACAGAAACCACCAUCGGUUCAUCUAUGUGUGACUCGUUUAUCCGUGCCUGUUAUAGACAAGUUAAUCACAGAUCUCAAGGAGUGUGCUUCCGAACUUGCCGAUAGAAACGAAAAGAUAGAGUCUGACACGGCUCAGCUUUAUGGUGUGGCCAACAGUUUGACUGUGAAUUCUGUUGCAGAUGACAUUAUUGGAGCAUUCCUCGAUGUUUUGUAUCAGGAUAAGAGGACUGAGUAA